UGUAUGUGAGGCUCGCUCAGGUGGUUCGUGAGCGGCGUUCGAAACGGUUGGAUUCGGAAUGAUUGAGAGGCGUUUGAAAAAAGUGUUGUGUUUUGGAGUAGAGCUGAAUUCCGUAUACGCAGAAUUGCUCUUGCCUGCCUGACUUGAACAAAGAUAAUUACUCAGGAAAUGUUUCAGCCAAUCCCCUGCAGCUUUACAUCCUGGUAGUCAAAGGAGGCCAUUCAGGGUGCAGCUUCUAUCAGAGAGUCGCUCAAGCUGAAGUACCAAGCCCUUUCUGUCUAAGAACUGAGACUGUCCUCCAUGUUUUAUAAGUAUUGACAUAACACUGUGUUAGCCAUGCAUCCACAGAGUUUGGCUGAAGAAGAAAUUAAAACAGAACCAGAGGUGGUUGAGGGGAUGGACAUCUCAACACGAUCUAAAGUUUCAGAUCCUGGGCCAGCAGAACGUGUAGCACAGAAAAGAAAGAUUCCUAGUCCUCCACAUUCUUCCAAUGGCCACUCCCCAACAGAGCCAUCUGUCAGCCCCAUAAAAAAGAAAAAGAAACCUGGUUUAGUGAACAGUCACAACAAGGAGCAGUCAGAACUAAGGCAUGGUCCCUUUUACUAUAUGAAGCAGCCACUCACCACAGACCCUGUUGAUGUUGUGCCGCAGGACGGGCGGAAUGACUUCUAUUGCUGGGUGUGUCACCGUGAGGGCCAGGUCCUCUGCUGUGAGCUUUGCCCACGGGUCUACCAUGCAAAGUGUCUGAAACUGACAGCUGAGCCUGAGGGGGACUGGUUCUGUCCUGAAUGCGAGAAAAUAACAGUAGCAGAAUGUAUAGAAACUCAAAGCAAAGCAAUGACAAUGCUAACGAUAGAUCAGCUGUCGUACCUUCUUAAGUUUGCACUACAGAAGAUGAAACAACCUGGGGAUCAGCCUUGCUCGCCUCUCUCUCCCCAUGCAGCAGCCCAUCGGAGAGAACCUAUUAAUUGGACGGAACCGUUCCAGAAGCCAGUUUCACUAGAACAACACCCUGAUUAUGCUGAAUAUAUUUUUCAUGCGAUGGACCUUUGCACGUUAGAAAAGAACAUCAAAAAGAAAAUGUAUGGUUGUACUGAAGCUUUCCUGGCUGAUGUUAAGUGGAUUUUGCACAACUGCAUAAUUUACAAUGGAGGAAAUCACAAGUUGACAGCGACGGCUAAAGUCAUAAUAAAAAUAUGUGAACAUGAAAUGAAUGAAAUUGAAGUGUGUCCAGAAUGCUAUCUGUCAGCUUGCCAAAAGAGGGAAAACUGGUUUUGUGAGCCUUGUACUAACCCUCAUCCUCUAGUGUGGGCAAAACUGAAAGGCUUCCCAUUCUGGCCUGCCAAAGCGCUGAGGGAUAAAGACGGGCAGGUUGAUGCCCGAUUUUUUGGGCAGCAUGAUAGGGCCUGGGUCCCUAUAAAUAACUGCUACCUCAUGUCAAAAGAAAUUCCUUUUUCUGUGAAAAAGACAAAAAGCAUCUUUAACAGUGCCAUGCAAGAGAUGGAGAUCUACGUGGAUAACAUCGGGAAGAAGUUUGCCGUUUUUAAUUACGCUCCCUUCAGGACACCGUACACCCCAAACAACCAGUUUCAAAUGCUGCUGGAUCCCACUAAUCCGACAGGGGGGACUGUAAGGCCAGACAAACAGGAGAAAAUCAAGUUCAGUUUUGACAUGACAGCAUCCCCAAAGAUCAUUCUGAGUAAACCCAUGCUGUCCAGCAGCACUGGACGGAGGAUCUCCUUAACCGACAUGCCAAGGUCUCCGAUGAGCACAAAUUCCUCUGUGCACACAGGCUCCGACAUCGAGCAGGAUGCUUCAGAGAAGAGCGUCAAGGCUCCAUUCAAUCACUACAGUGCUGGUGAGGAGUCCAUGGACUUCACAGAUCGGAGUACAGCAUCUCCAGCAUCUGCAAAAAUGGGACAUACUGGGAGUCCAAAACCUUUCUCUUCUCAAUCAUCCACACCCACUGCUCCCAAACAAGAACGCACCUCAACAACUGGCAGCAUUCUUAACCUUAACCUGGAUCGCAGCAAAGCUGAAAUGGACCUGAAAGAACUGAGCGAGUCGGUACAGCAGCAGACCACAGCGCUUGUGCUGACAUCACCAAAGAGACAAAUACGCAGCCGUUUCCAACUCAACCUUGAUAAAACCAUUGAAAGCUGUAAAGCCCAGCUUGGAAUAAAUGAGAUUUCUGAAAAUGUGUACACAGGGGUUGAACACAGUGAUUCUGAAGAUUCUGAGAAGUCUGAUUCCAGUGACAGCGAGUAUAUGAGUGAAGAUGAACAGAAAUUAAAAAAUGGACAAGAUGAGGAUAAAAGCGAAAGGGACCUAAAAAAGAAAGCCAAACUGCCUUCCCAAAGUGAUGUAAAAACAGAGGCUGAUGAGGAAAGCAAAGCAACCGAAGAGAAAACUGAACUCUCAACAAAAGAGAGAUCAAGCUCAGACUUGGAAAAGGAGCAUUCAGAAAUACUUAAGGGUUCACAGCACUCUUCAAAGGAAAACUUAAAAGCCAAAGAGGAGGUGGGGCCCCCUCCUGUGGGCCAGGACAUGGAUUCAGACUCUGAUGGGGAGCUGGUGAUAGACCUGGGGGAGGAUCACGCUGGCCGUGACAGGAAGAAAAGCAAGAAGGAGCAGAUUUCCACAAAUGCAACGAAAGAGAUUCCCGCUGCUAAGCAAGAGGGUAAGGUUUCUCCAUCUCCCAGCACAGCUCUGAAGCCUGCUGGAGAAGCUGCUUCUUCUUCACUUCCUAGCCUCAGGGACUCUGCUCAGACUUCCACCAUCGCAAUCCCAAUUAAUAUGGUGUCUAUCCCAGCUACUUCGCUAACAUCUAGCACUGCUGCUGCAGCAGUUAAAAAGCAGAGGCCGCUUCUGCCCAGAGAAACUGCUCCAGCUGUCCAGCGGGCUGUUGUAUGGAAUUCCACAAAUAAGUUCCAAACCUCCUCACAGAAAUGGCAUAUGCAGAAGGUACAGAGACAGCAACAGCAACAGAACCAGAGCCAAAACCAGCAGCAGCAGAACCCGUCCCCUCAGAAUACACAGCAACAGAGUUCACAGAAGCAAACACAGCCAGCGCAACCACCGCAGCCAGCACAGCCACAGCAGCAACAGCAGCCAGCACAGCCACUGCAGCCACAGCAGUCUUCACAGCCCUCCACAAGCACUCGAUACCAGACUAGACAGGCAGUUAAAGCUGUACAACAGAAAGAGGUCACUCAGAGCACAUCAACAUCUUCGAUUACUCUGGUUACAAGCACUCCAGCUGUUUCGAUGAUAACCACGCCAGUGACAGUCAGCACACCAUCUACAUCAGUUAACACUGACUUCCAGAUUGCAACAACUUCAGCUGAUGUUGCAGCAGACAUUGCCAAGUACACCAGCAAAAUAAUGGAUGCAAUAAAAGGAACAAUGACUGAAAUAUACAACGAUCUCUCAAAAAGUACUUCGGGCAAUACAAUACAAGAGAUUCGACGGUUGAGAAUUGAAAUUGAUAAGCUGCAAUGGCUGCAUCAGCAGGAGCUGUCAGAAAUGAAACACAACCUUGAGCUGACGAUGGCAGAGAUGCGUCAGAGCUUAGAGCAGGAGCGAGAUCGGCUGAUGGCAGAGGUUAAGAAACAGACGGAGCUUGAGAAACAACAGUCUGUGGAUGAGACCAAGAAGAAACAGUGGUGCGCCAACUGCAAGAAAGAAGCCAUCUUCUACUGCUGCUGGAACACCAGCUACUGUGACUACCCAUGCCAGCAGGCUCACUGGCCUGAGCACAUGAAGUCCUGCACGCAGUCCGCCACUGCAUCUCAGCAAGAGGCUGAGACAGAAACGAAUACAGGUGCUUCAAGCAAAACCUCCCAACAAUCCGCCAGUGUUCAGCCACCGGCAACAGAGACUACAGCUGCCCCACAUGAAAAGGACUCCAGUGUAGAAAAAAGCAAAGACAAUGACACUAUAGCAACAGGCGUGAAGAGCAGCCAGCCAAUUAAAUUGGUCCAGGUACCACAGACUACUACCUAUAUCCCAAAUUCUCAACCCACAAUAACGAUCCCAGUAGUUGUCGGCCCCAGUUCUGGGACAGUAGCCAUGCGAACAGGAGUCCAGUAUGUCCAGGCUACAAUGCCAGUUCAAGUACGCAGAGUUUAAUGCUUCACAAAGUACACAGGAGAAAAGACUGAAAACACUCUGUGUGUGUGUGAGAGAGAGAAAAAAAAAAUUUGUGAAUUGUGUAAAAAUGUGAAACUGCACUUCUGUGUACUGACCUUGAUACGAUGGGAAAAUUGUAUUUGUGUAAAUAAUGAAAAAAAACAAAACCCAUUGGCUACACUACACUAUUGUAUAGCAUUAACACCCUUUUUUACCUAUUGGUAUGUGCUUCUUUUGUAAAUACGCUUCCAUUUUUGGAUGUCUUAAACAUCUUAUUCUUAUAGAUCCAUCUUUUAUUUUUUUCGGUUUCUUUUUUUUUUUUGUCACUAUUGGAAUGCUAGACAGUAUUGGUUAAAAAAGAUUUGGUUAAAUUUAAUAGAAAAUCUGAGCCAGAAUAUGAGGGCGUUUUUAACAAAUGUAAAAUGGUUUAUUCUUUUUGAAAAUUUCAAUACCAUGGAAGCCCCUGGAUGCCUCAGUUCUGCAAUGCACCUGACAAUCGUGCGGUAAAAUAGACCACAAGCCCCAAAACUUAUGGAAAGAUGUAUCACUCCAUUUGUGGAAGCUUAAAGUGAUUAUUAUAUAUUGGAAAUACACAAAACAGGUGUUAUUAUGGAGCCCCAGAGUUUGUGCAAAUGGUGCAUAUCUUAAUACUGUCUGCCUACAAUUUAUAUCCCUGAUUUUUCGUGGACCUCAUUUGACUGUAUUUUUAUUGUAUGUAGUAAUGUUUAUACUGUUAAAGGUCAAAGGAUGGUGGUAUUCAGAUUCAGCAUGGCUUAGAUUAUUAAUAGAGACCCCAGUGACACAAACACAAGCCCAUGAAAUACAACUGUGCUGAAAAUAUUCAUUCUAAAAUGGAGGCCUUACUUUAGCUUUCUUAGCAAGCAGUCCCAUGUGAACAUAUUGUAUUAAUGGGGAAAAUAAUUGGCCAGAUUAUACUAACCAAAUGUAUAAAGCAGAAUGAAAAUGUUUGAAAUACUGUUACUUUUUUUUUGCAGAACUGUCUGUAAAUGUAUGUUAAUGAUAAACGCAUUGUUUAUGUAUAUGAGUCCAGCUAAUGUAAAAUUUCAGUUUGUUGUACUUUUUUUUUUGACUUUCUGGCCACUUCCAUUGUUUAUAAAAGAAGCAAUUUGUAUAUAUAAGAUUGUUAGUGUAAAGUGUUAAAAGGUAUCAUUUUAACGAAGAAAAGUGUCCAGUUAUUCUGCAGGCCUAACUUGUGAAAUUUGCUUGCAUAUUUUUAUUUGUACAAAGUUUAUAUUAAAAUUGAUUUGUUUUUAUUGGCA